AUGGAGAACGGGCAAGUCGUCCCCGGCAGCAUUUAUGUCUACGCUCCCAACAAGAUAGCUCCCAUCGUCUUCACGGUGCUGUAUGCGCUUUCGGCAUGCAGCCAUCUCUGGCAGUGCUGGCGGUUCAAGGCUUGGAAUAUUAUCGGGCUGCACCCAUUCUGCGCCGUCCUAUUUACUGUCGGCUAUGCACUGCGCGAAGUCGGCGCUUUUAACUACUACCAAACUUCGCAAACCUUGAUCAUAUACAUCAUGAGUCAGGUUUUCAUCUACGUAGGCCCUCCGCUUCUCGAACUGGCAAACUACCACGUCCUCGGGCGGAUCUUCCACUACAUCCCCUUCCUCGCGCCUCUUGCGCCCAGUCGAGUGCUAGGCAUAUUCGGCGCGGCGACUAUGAUGCUCGUUAAUUCGCUGCUGUGGAAUGUGUGGAACCCCGGUCGUUAUCUGCCGAGCAGCUCCCUUGUUUCUCUCGCUGAGGACGGCCAGACGGAGAUGAUCACCGAGGAGCUGGAUGACGAGCCCCGUUGCCAAGGUCGGCCGUAUGCUGGUGCAGAUCGUUGCCUGGAGUUCUGCAGGCCGCUUCUUGGGAAAGAAAGGGCAGGAAAGGCGGAACAAGAUUGCGCUGGUCGGUAG